UGGGAUAGGCGAAAGAAAAAGGGCAAGAAGCAGAAGAAACCCGCGAAGAAACGUUUGAGCACGCAGGAUAAAAUCCAGUCAAUGCUAGUGCAUAAACAAUCCAGCAACAAAAAUAAACGCAACGGCGACACGGCGAUCAGUGGGCCUAUGAGCGCCAUGGGCGGAGGUGUGCCUCACAAUCAGGCACCGCCUAGAGACUCUAUUGAAAGGGCUUGUAGCAUGAAGGAAGAAUUAUUAUCGGAAAUUGAAAUUCUUGGCGAACGAUUGCCGCCAAAUACGCUAGACCAAUUGAUAGACGAACUCGGCGGGCCAGAAAAUGUCGCGGAGAUGACAGGUAGAAAGGGUCGCGUUGUGCAAAGGGAAGAUGGUGGAAUAGAGUACGAGUCCAGGUCAGAGGUGGACGUUCCUUUAGAGACUCUUAACUUAACGGAAAAGCAGAGGUUUAUGGACGGAGAGAAGACCGUAGCGAUAAUCUCUGAAGCGGCCAGUAGUGGUAUAUCGUUACAAAGUGACAGACGAGCUAGAAAUCAAAUGCGACGUGUGCAUAUCACGCUCGAGUUGCCAUGGAGCGCGGACAGAGCGAUACAGCAGUUUGGACGAACGCAUCGAUCAAAUCAGGUCAACGCGCCGGAGUAUAUAUUUCUCAUAUCGGACCUGGCCGGGGAAAGGCGGUUCGCCUCGAUCGUCGCGAAGCGUUUGGAAAGUCUGGGUGCGUUAACGCACGGCGAUCGUCGCGCGACAGAGACCCGAGAUCUCUCGCAGUUCAAUAUCGACAACAAAUACGGUCGCUCAGCUUUGGAAGCGACGAUGAAGACUAUAAUGGGGUACGAGCCGCCGUUGGUACCACCCCCUCAGGAUUAUCACGGUGAUUUCUUCAAGGAUGUGGCGGACGCGCUAGUAGGCGUCGGUUUGAUUUGCAACAGCGAGAACACGCCUGGUGUGCUUACCCUCGACAAGGAUUACAACAAUAUGUCAAAGUUCCUGAAUCGUAUCCUCGGAAUGCCAGUCGAUCUGCAAAAUCGUCUGUUCAAAUACUUCACCGACACGCUCAACGCCAUUGUGACUCAGGCCAAGAAGACCGGUCGCUUUGACAUGGGAAUUCUUGAUCUAGGCACAUCAGGCGAGAACGUUCGUAGGGUGCGACUCUACCGUUUUCUGCGGAAGCACGCAACCGGCAAAGCACCAACGGAACUGCACGUAGUUCACGUCGAGCGCGGUAUGAGUUGGUCCGAAGUUUCAGACAAAUUCUCAGAGCUGACUGGAUCCAAGGAGGGUUUCUAUCUGAGUCAUCAGAUCCGUAAUGGCAAACAGACGGCCAUUCUCGCGGUUGCGGUAGACAGCGGCAAGAAAAAGUCCGAAAGCAAGAAGGAUCAGCUUUAUAUGGUGUACAGGCCCAAUACGGGUCUACAACUACGACAAGAGACUCUAGGCGAAUUAGAGAAGAAAUACAAGAAGGUGAGCGCAGACGAGGCGGAGCCGCACUGGACACAACAGUACGAGGCCUCCGUAAACACGUGUUCGCACGCGUAUUGGAGUGGCAACUGUAAAAACGCCACCAUCGGUAUAGACUGCGAAGUGGGACUAAGAAGACGUUCCUAUAAUGUAUUAGCCGGUUCAGUUCUAAGCGUUUGGAGCCGCGUGGAAAACGUACUCGCCGCACGAUCCGGGCAUAAUUCUAAGAUGCAAGUUAUACGGCUGCGUACGGAUGAAGGAUUGAAGAUUGUCGGGACGCUUAUCCCGAAAUCUUGCAUGGAGUCAUUGCGUCAAGCGCUCUCCUCUGACGCGGAGAAGACGGAGGAGCAGACGUUUUAAGCGCUGAGUCUCGUUUCAAGGGUAAGAUUAUCCUCCCCGAUAAUCUCCGCGAGUUACUAAAAUUACUUUACCAUUGUAGAGAUAUAAAUAGGACCAAGAGAGGCUCUUGACGUGACGUAACAUGCCGCGACUGUAGGAAGACCCCUUUUUUUCCUAAACCUUUCGUCCAUAUGCGAGAAGAGGAAUUAAUUAACGAGCGCAGCCGUGAUAGCGCGUAUAUUACUUGCCUGAAACCGUUGAGACGCGCUACCAAGUAGAUUGAAUCUGUUAAUCAGCGAACACGAGUAAACGCUUCCGAUUAACAAUCGACAAGGCUAAGAAACUUGCUGCUUAUUUCUUUGUCAUGUCUAUACAAUUGUUCGCGAGAAAUUUUAGCAUUCACCCGCCGCAUACCAAUGUAGAUUUCUAAGUAGAUCCUUUUGUCAUAUAUCCUUGUCACGCUGAUUAUAAUUAGAAGUUUAUUUUUUAUCUCGUCGCCAUUAAUCAUAUUUUCGCCCAGAGAUUCUAGCAGACGGAUGUAGCGUGUGGUACGUAGUUGAGUAUACAGACUCUAUUUGUCUCGAAUGUGUCGCGAGCGAGCGUAAUCGCAUAGAGAAACGACAGAGCACGUAUUUUCCUUGAGGAAACGCGGAGUAUAAUUGAUUAAUAGUCCAUACGACUUAGAAACACUUUCAGUUUUAAGCUAGCUCGUAGCGCUAACGUCCGAAGAGCAUCGACUAUUCACCGUGAUAGUGCCAGUAAAUCCAUUUAAACGUGAUAAUUGCCGAAGGAACAGAUUAAUUGAGAAUAGCAAGACGAUCGGUGCAAUCGAUCCUCUUCGGAAAGUAAUAGAGGUAUACGCGACAGCUUUGAUUUUUGUUUAAUCGAUCGACAAUUAAAGAGAUGCUAACAGACACACCACACACACACAUGGACACACGCAUAUACACUACUGCUACUGUUACUAUACUGCUACUAUACCAUUAUUACUAUAAAUUACUACAGCUAUAUAUUAAUACUAGUGCUCUACCGUUACAAAACUAUCAUUAAUAUUAUCUAGAUCUGGAGAGACGAGGUAAUCACAUGGGUAUCGCGGAUGUGCUUUUUCCGAUUCCACCGAUUCCGAUUAGAACUUGUGAGACGUGAUUUACUGUGCAAGUGCCAAGUUAUAUUUUCCUUUUUAUUUUUUUUUUUUAUUUUGCGACAAUAUAAAUCGGUUAAAAUAUACAUUUUCGUUAAAUGUAUCUAUGUUUCGUUCUACAUGUCUGAAUGUAUUGUAAGAAAAGUCAUGUUCCCGACAGGGUCAACUACUGCUAAUCUUUAUACGAUGUAUCAUAAAUAUCAUCGAUUAACCUGUUGGCGAAAUAUUUAUGUAUGAAAGUAAAAUAAGAAAGUAUUUGUGAUAUUCUCAAGUUAUAAUUUUAUAAUACAUAAAAUCUUUUAUUUUUCUCUCGGACAAGUGAGUCAUAAUUUUUUAUUUUGUUCACCUGUAUUCUUUCGCGCGAUUUUACGAAAUUGAGACGGAACAUCAGGGAUACGUCCCGUGUCUGAUACCUUCCUACAUACCUCAACGAGAUAUUUUCCGAAAUUGUCCGAGACACGACGCCUCGUCUCCCGACGAUCUCCACCUAUAACUAAUUAGCCUUAAAACAAAAAAAAAUGGAAAAAAGAAUUUAGAUUGAAGAAAAUAGUAUCUACAGCCGAUAUAUUUAUAUUCAGAUGCAUAAAUUAGCAACCAGUGCGGCCUGCAUGUAUAUUGGAUGUAGAUUGUCUGUCCGUUUGUACGUUUGAACGAAGAUUCGAGACGAGUGGUGAUAUGGGCCUCGUGAUCCAUCAUCUCUAAUGGUAUAAUAAAUCUUCAAAGAUGCAGACUUAGAGCGUAGAGUACUGUCUGAACAGUUAAAUAGAAUCAAGCCGUGAUUAGAAUCCUCAUUUUAGUGAUUUAAUUCUUAAGAGCGUGCGCGUGAUGCGUCUCUGUAUGACGAGGGAAUGAGAGAGAGAGAGAGAAAAAGAGAGAUUCGUCAUCCACCUGUUUCCACAGUUAUCUUCGUCGGAAAGAAUCGUUCCGCGGUAGAAACAUCGCGCGUUUUUCUGGAUAACAACUACAUAUUACAUUUAUAAAGAAUACCAUCGAAGAAAAGAGACAUCCGAUUGAUAGAAAUAUUCGUAUAACGAAUAAUCGGUACUGUUUCGAUCGGCGAAAGAACGGAGGAAAAUGCGACAUUUAGCGUUGGAGCGAGACUCGUCGUAGAUUUAAUUCCUUUAGGUAUUAUCAAUUAUUCGUAAAAACGUGAUAUAUUAAUUAUUGCUGCGUUACUUUAGCGAAAUACGGGAAGCGGAAGUAGACGCGAUUCGAAGGUAUUGAACCGCGUUUCAAUUCAGAGCUCGGUGUCUCACGAUCCGCGCGAUAGACGGCAAUUGGAUUCAGACACAGGAUUUUAAUAUACGGGAGGUCGUAACGUAAUUUAUAAGAAGCUCUGACGAAGCUAAACUAAAUGUAAAUAUAUAUAUUGAGGCUGUAAGGGAGGCGGAAAAACUUUAGGAUGUACGGGACGCGUUUUGUAUUCGAUAUUUUUUUACAAUUACGUCUCGCUUGAGUUCCUAUCUUCCAGACGCGACUUAUAAAUGUGGUAUCUAGUACACGUGGAAACAGGCGUCGCGCUUUCUAGUGAAAUGAUUUUAUUCCUUUUUCGUAACGUGCUGUGUUUUCGCGGAUGACUCACGGGUGAGAGCGAGUGCGCCGCGUGUAUAUAUGCAUGUAUAAAUGUCUUUGUGUAUGUAAAACCAAUUCUUAUACCCGAAACGACGACGUUACUCACCAUUUUUCGC